AUGACAUCGACAACAGAACAUCAACAACAACUAUCACAAUAUGAAUACCUUGAUCAUACAGCUGAUAUAAUGUUUGUAUGGGGCUCAACACUGAAUCAAUCAUAUGAACAGAUGGCAUUGGCAAUGAUGAACUAUAUGGUAGAGUUGGAUAGCGUACAUUUAGAUCAACAUAGUGAAGAUGAGAUCAAGGAGCACACAUUCAAUGUCGAAGGACAUGACAUGGAUAGUCUAUUGUUUGCCUACCUCGAUGAGAUACUCUUUAUCUUUAGCACAGAGUUCAUCGUCUUCAAAGAGAUAUCAAUCGUAUCAUUCGACAGAGAGUCAUUCAAGAUUGAGGCCAAAGGACGAGGAGUAGAAUUGGACAAGGAGAAACAUACAACUGGUACAGAGAUCAAGGCCAUCACAUACUCUUGUAUGAAGAUUGAGGAGAAGCCAGAGAGAACAGAUGUCUUUGUCAUCGUGGACAUA